AUAAAUGGUGGGAAUGGGCUUUAAUACAGAGAUACCACAGAGAGCUCAGUGAGAAUAGUCUUACGAUAAUCUGACACAUUUUGAUCGACAAAUAACAAAGACAAUGAAGGGAUUUUUGAUGUUCAUCUUUUUAUUCUUGGCAGCUAUUCAGUGUAUCAUAGGAGAAGCGAACAGGAUAGAUGUGCGUAAAAAACAUGAAAACGACGCGGCGUCUCACAUCACCACAGGAGUGUGGAAUCAGGAGAAACCAAAGAGACUGUUUUCCAGGACUCGCUAUUUGUCUCAGCAGAGACAUCAUGUGGUGAGAACUAAGCCCAGGCCCGAGGCACCUUCUCCUGUCCAGACUCCAGCACGUCGCUGUGGAGGUCUGAUGGAGAGCUGCUCUUCACUUACUCCGUGCUGCGACCCGUGUGCUUCCUGCCACUGCAGGCUUUUCAAUACAAUCUGUCACUGCUGGAGACUGGGACCCUUCUGCCCUAAGAAGACCUAGCAUUCAACAUUACAUGAUCAACAGUUUUAUAGUAAUUAUAUAUAUCAGUGAAUCUUAACUGGUUUUGCUCUCCUGAGCUUUGUGAUGGUUUAUGCUCUCAGCAAACAAUAAUUAACUGCAAAAUAUAAAUAUUUUCCUUUUUACAGAUGAUUCUGUAUGUAAUCCUUUUUUAACUUUACGCAACUAUAUAGUGUGUUGAAAUAUAUUAUUUGCAUUUAGUAUUGUAUUGUUAUGCCGUCUGAUACUCAGCCCACCAGUUGAGAAACAUUGCUAUGUAUCACACAUGCUGCUGCACUAACAUUUAACAAAGGAAUAAUUGUAUUCUUCCCUGUACAAUGUAUGUGUAACUUUAUAAGCGAGUUAUUCACUUUUUUUUGCUGAAACUGUUGCGACAUGUUUGCCAGUUAUUACAGUGAUCUCCUAUACUGUAGAUCCGUGCUGGCAAAGGCACUUUCAAUUAAUAUUAUUCAAUGCCAGGGGCAUGUAACAUAAUCUAAACUUCCUUAAAGUAUUUAGUCACCUUUGUAUGAGAAAAGUAAUAUUAGGUGCAGUUCAUUUUAAUGUCAUUGUUUUCGGCUGCUUACAUUUCAAUUACUGCACAUUUUCCGUGUUUUUUUUAAUCGCCAGAAAAUUACAGCUCUGUCUGCAGAGGCGGACACUACUUAAGUAUUUUUACUUUCUUAAUAAAAGUCAAUUUUUAAGUAUUCGUAUUUUAUCAGUGUUUUUCUUUGAAAAACAUAUUCCAAAGCAUAUUAUCAUAAUUUUUACUCCACUCAUUUCAUAAUUUGAAGUAUUUGAUUUUUUUUAUAUUUAAGUACAUUAAACAUCUAGUAUUUUUUUACUUUUACUUAAGUAAAAAGUACUUUUGUACUUUUACUCAAGAAAAAUAAAAGUACACAAUUUUUAUGUACUUAGGUAUUAAAUCAAUUUUAAUAUGUAAUAUAAAAGGAAUACAAAGUAUGAUUCUAUGCUUUAGAAUGUAGUGAACAAUUGUUAGUAAAGUCAUUUUUAUCCCAAGACAAACACUCUGAUAAAGCACAGAUGCUUGGAAAAUUAAUUUACUUAAAAUAUUCAAGUAUUGUCCGCCUCUGUCUGUCUGUCUGUGAAUGUAAAGUAUAAGCUUUACUGUGGAUUUAAAGUUAUUUUGAGAAAAGUUGUAAACUACUAGCCCUCAUCAUAUAUUUCUAUCUAUUGUCAGGUCAUAUUGACUGAAUAUUAUUGGGAAAUACACAUUUAUUUUGAAUAAAACAACAUUUAUUAUCCCACUGAUUUCCACUUUAUUUUUAGAUUUAGAAAAUCAAUCAUCAACUCCUAAAUUUGUGAGAUAUAUUUGUCUGACUCAAACUUACUAAAAAAGCAAGUCUGUAAUUGAAGAAAAAAUAUUAUAUUUAUAAAAGAAAUAUUUUAAUAGGGAAAGUCUGUCAUACUUAGAAAAGACUAUCAUUAAAGUAGUCAGUAACAAGGUUUGCGUAUCUGUAUCUUUGCUGUUUAUUCUAUCUAGAUGUUUAAUAUUAAUGUCAAAUUAUUCUUGUAUGUCAUAUAUUCAUACAUAAAAACUGUUAACAAAAACAAA